GCAAAGCAGCCAUCAAAGGAUACUGUUAUCUAGAUUUCCUCAACCUAACAACGACCUGCAUAUGAAUGAAGUUCCUGUUAUAGAAACAUAUACAAGCCCAUUCAUAACAGUAAACAGAAAACAUCCUAUAUCUCAUAGGUUAAGUACACAACAUUUUGUCUAAUGAAAUAUUGUCUAAUGAAACGCUAGCUCGCCACAACGUAUGUCAAAUUGUCAUCAAGCAAACGACCUACAGGAACUUCGGAGCUGACUUAAGUCGUACACAACAAUAAACUGCAGUUAAGAGCAGGAUUCUGUUGAUUUGCGGUCGGUGUUCAUAAGUGGCCAGUAGCAGCAGCGGUUAUAAUACGAUAGUGGUUGUUAUAUGGACGAUCAACGUAUAACUGAGAGUCUUCUAGUUAAAUUGCGUGCAACAACUCCUGGGUGCGCGAGCUUCCCAAGCCGAGCUAACUGGCGUUCUUCUGAUGCUUAACGCCUCCUGACCUAUCUCAGUUAAGUUGCGGCACCCCAUUGGGAACGCGCGAUAGUGCGCAUGCUCCCGCCUGCUCUUGGAGUCUGCGCCCGGAGAACGCGAGCUCCAAAACAAGAUGGCGAUCUGCUGAUGGUCGAUGAUGCUGACCACAAUACACUGAACAAUAUAAAUAAAUCAAUAGGUAAAUUGUGACUGGUAAGAGUGGGCGUUAUGUUGUAUCUAUGUGUCUAACGCUUUUGGUGCGUCCAACUGGUGCGUUUUGCAUCUGUUACGUUGUCAGUGACAUAACCCGGUCAUUGACAAUAGCUGCAGAGAGGGAAUCGAACGAUGGUUCUGUGACGAUGACGUGAAUACCGUGAACCGUAGUUGUGUGUGUGUGUUGUUUUGGUGACGGUGACUGUUGUUCCUAAUUAACUCUGCCAGGAAUGAUUGCGUGUGAUUGAGUGAACAAUUAUGCAGUGAUCAAGAAUUAGAUUGUGGCCACUGUGGUGAUAAGUGGUGGACGUGGAUGCCGUCUGUAAGUGACUGGCAGGCGGUGUUCGGGGUAAGGACGGCCCCGAGGCCGCCUUCGAUCUGGUCGUCACUACCUCUGGUCCACAGUUUCCGCCACCCCCCUCCCCCUCUCUCCCUUGUUAACAACAGCACCCAUAACUUUUAAUGAAACCACUGGAAUGGUAUGGAACAAGCGAGCAGUGAAACGAUCGGAAAAGAGCGUCCCCCAUAUACGAUUCGGCUGAUGUCUACAAGUGUUGAUUUUGUUACCACCAUAACCGGAGCUGGUGUCUCGUAGCAGUACUACUAUCAUUGCUGCACUAUUUGUAUCGCGAUUACCGCUAACACUACUUCAGCAACUGCAAUCAUGUUACGGCAGCUACAGCCGCUUGUAGUGGCCUCAUGCGACGGUCAACCACCCACCCUUGUUCUGUUGUUGACAUCUGCCCCUGUCGGUGUGGGUGGCCUGCAGAACACCCUCAUAUCGCCUGCGGCGAACGUGCUGAGCGUGCUGUCUGCAGCUGAUCUGCAGGCAGUUUUUCAACAAGCUACAACGUCAACACCAGCAGUAGCAGCAACAACAAUAACAUCAACAAAUACUUCAGCAGCGACCUUAGCUGUAUCCUCUGCUACGACAACAGCAACGGCGCUAACAACAACAACAACAACAACAGUGGCAGCGAUAACAGCAGAAGCUCCGUUGAUCGAGAGUAGGACCCGUCAACAGUCCGUCCCAUCAGCAACUGAAGAGCACACUGAGGUCUCGACACAAAUCGUGGCGACAGGAAACUGCACCUCCGAUCGACCGCCAGCAUCCCCCGUGCGUCUACGACCCGUUCUGAAUGCCGGUAAUGUAAUGCAUGGAAUGCACACGACCACAACAAGUCUGGGAGCACUCGAACCGUUGGACAAUGACGAGCCGUCCGACGAGGAGGUCGGCUCCGAGCCGAUUGUCGACGCUGCAUGCGAGGGUGACAAUAUCGUUGUGGAGUCUUCGGGGGAGGUAGUUCUGGAGAGGGUAGAUGGUCCCCUUGAGGGUGAGGGCAAUACCGAUACUACGGCAGGGGGACCGACUCGUGGGGAUAUGGAAGUUCUAGGAAUGGGAGUUGAGGGAGUAGAAGCCAAUGACGCGGGAGAGGAUGGACUGCUGUUGGAUAGAAUGGUAGGGAUCGAAGCAGGGGUUGGAGAAGGCGGAGAGGUAUUGGACUCCCCUCGAGGAGGGCCCGACCUGGCUGCAAUUUCUUCCCUACCCUCUAUGCUGUCUACCAGCAUUCCUCUUUCCCUCGUUCAGGCUGUGGCCGAAGUGCGAGCGCUUGCCGCGCCCCCUGGCCCCGACGUGAGCGACGAGCAGUUGUUACCGCCUCCCGCGGACCUAUAUUUGGGCGGAGCUACGCUUAGGGGCUCCGUCGUGGUGGCGCUGCCGGCGACCGGCCCACCGAACAACCGACAAGGCAGGCAGAACAAGCAGGAGAUCCGGCCGAGCCAGAGCUCCUCGAACCGACGCCAAGCGACAGCAACCACGAGGCCAGUCGUCGUAUCGGCGACAGUAGCAACAACAACAACAACAGCGGAUCGACAACAACAACAACAACGCGAUAGCAGCAGUAGCAGCAACGAUCAAGACAAUUUGAGUACUGCCUGCAGUAGCAUCGAUAGUACUGCUGUUGCUCCUGCUGCUGUCAGAAAUCGUUUACGCGCACACGCGACGCUAGUGACGUCUGGUGAACACAGCUCACAGCUGAUUUGCGUCGAGGGAAGGAUUAGAGGAGGUCGUGCGCGAACAACAACUAUCAACGCCACUAACCAGACGCCUGGCAUAUCUGAGAACAAAUUGACGUCAUCGAACCCUUCGGUAUCACUGUCAGGACAUCUUAGCAGAGCCACCGAGGCGUCAGCGGUAGUACCGGGUCGAGUGCUUUCAACGCCGACACCAGCAGGAGCACGAACAAGGCGGCCGGGUCUGGUAACUGAAAACGUCCCCGCAGAGGUCGCCGCCGCAGCUGCAGCAGCAAUCGCACAACAAAUCGAAGAGGGCGGAAAAAAACUAAGAAGAAAAGGAGGCCAUCACCAAGAAGGAGAAAAAGCGGCACUAGCAGUAGUAGCAGCAGCAGCGGAGGGCCCGGUGGCCCCGCUCGCUGGCGAAGCGGCACUUCAGGCUCUCGAGCCAGAGCUUCUGUCGCCCCCCUCGGUCUCCUCGGGUGAUGCGGGCUCCCCAGAACGGCCCUGCCACCCCUGUGACCCGCAAGAUCAGGAACAUCAGGAGCCUUCACAUCCCGUCGAGGAUCCGGAAGACCCAAGCGCGAUGAUCGACACAAGUGAAUUCCGCGCCGGGUUGGGCGAUGGUUAUCAUCCGAGCGGGCGUAUGUCUCCCGGGGGUAGUUUCGCCUCAAACGCAUCCAGUUAUGCCACCCUGACGCCGUUGCAGCCGCUGCCGCCCAUUUCUACCAUGUCGGAUAAAUUUUCGCAUUAUGGGCAUCCACAUCCCAAUGCUGGAUUUUCGUCACUAAUGCCCGCUAUGGGUAUGGGCAGCUAUCCCAUGGGCGGCUACGACAAGCUGGGCCCCAUGGGCGGCAUUAACGUGGGCAGCGUUAGCCCCCCAAGUAGCCACGGACAGGCGCCGAUGCUUGGACAUGCCAAUGCAGCUAUACCGUCGCCACCGUAUUCGCAAAACGGUGCCGGUGGCGGAAGUAGCGGUAUGGCGUCUCCACAGUUAACGGAUAAGGGUUUGUCGUCAUACGAAUCUUACUCUCAUGCAAGUCGAGAGCUUGCGCGGUUAGGUUCGCCGCAAUCGCCCACUUCGUCGGUGGCAUUGCAUUCGCCAACGAUGCUGGCCGGACUGAACGGUCUGGGCGGCCUCAAUGGGUUAUCAGCUCAUACGCCGCCUUCCGCAAACCUUGCGGCACCAGCCACGCCACCUCACCAAGAUGUCAAACCUUUCACAGCCACCAGCAUUACUUCUGUCACGGGCAGCUCUACACCACCGGCCAGUUUGCCUAGGUCAAUGACACAGGUAACCGGCGCAACGGGGUUAUCCGUAGGGGUGGCAAAUUCAGCCCCUGCACCAUCGCCCACUGCCUUGGGUGCAAGUAACAAGGGUGGCGUGCCUGGUGGCCUAGGCGUCCCGACACAAAAACAGAGUCAUAGCACCAGCUCUUCAGCGUCUUCCGCUGACGAGGUGGAAGAAAUCAACACGAAAGAAUUGGCACAGCGAAUCAGUGCCGAACUUAAACGCUACAGUAUACCGCAAGCAAUUUUUGCCCAGAGGGUUCUCUGUCGAUCGCAGGGGACGCUCUCAGACCUGCUCAGAAAUCCGAAGCCGUGGAGCAAACUCAAGUCUGGUCGCGAAACGUUCCGGAGAAUGUACAAAUGGCUCGAGGAACCCGAGUUUCAACGGAUGUCAGCUCUCAGACUCGCAGUGAAAAUGAAUGCACAGAACCCCAAGCUGGAGUCUUCGGGACGAGGCUCCGGUGGUUCCUCUGCGUCAACGCCAGUUUAUAACCCUCAUACAAGUACGUACUUAAGCGAUGUCCAUCUAGGUUUCAAUUCGCUGCCACUGGGUAAGCAUUUGUCUUCUGCUUUUCACUCGGCGGGGUCCCGGGCGGCGCGGGGGGUGUCGACGAAUCCGUCAAGGGCUCAGCAGCAGCAGCAGCAGCAGCCCCCUCGCCACAGGGCCCCCGCCCACUUACACGCAUCUUCUUCUUGUUCUUCCGCCUCUUGUUUUUGUAUCUCUGAUUCAGCCACCUUAUCACUAGCAUCCAAUUACAAUUCAAACAGCAAUUCUUGCUUUGCACCAAGUGGUGCCUGUUCUACGAGCGCCACCAGUCCGAUGGUGGUGCCCCCGCAUCAUCAUCACCAUUAUCAUCAUUCUAUGCGGUCUUCGCUAGCAUUGAGUCCGCUCUCCUCGUCCGCACUCUCGCUCUCGGCCACAAGCACCGUUGCUGCCACGUCACAUUACACCAAUUACCCCCCACGGCUCACAACACCCCCGCCGCCACCGCCACCAACACCGCUACCACGAUGGGGAUAAGCCAGCAUCCAUCGACGGUGGCGGUAGCGGAGGCGGGGGCGGCCGCAGCAGUAGCUUUCCUUCCUCCUCCUCUUCUCUGGCAUCUCCUUCCGGCCAAGGGUUGCCGCCAACGGCCAGCCCAUGCUAUUCUGCACCAACACCAUCACCUUGUUCGUUCUGUCGAUAUGGGGGGGUGUCCGUUUAAUUCCACUCAAUUGGGUGCUGCUACCUACCAUUCGUACUUUUACCGGCUGGGGGCCCUCACUGGGGGUAGCGAUCCCUACUAUCACUCAACGCACGCGACGGCUGGUACCGCGGCCAUACGGUCCGUGCUCCUCGAGCGUCGUUUUGACUAGACCGCGGUUCACUGUCACUACUAUUACAACGACAACAACAGCAACAACAACAACAACAACAGCAACAGCAGCAGCAGAAGCAGCAGCAGGCCCCCCCGCGCGAGGCGACAUCAGUGGCUCCGCCGGUUACCGCCCGGGACGCCAUGACGCCGCCGCCCUCACCGGUCGUGCGCAUCUUGCUAGGCACGGCCGCUUCACUCACGACAUCGUCGUUCUUGUCGUUGGUUGCCGCCAGUGCGGUCAUUGGCGCAACAUCUUCACUUCUCAUCUGCCGCAAUUGUUGCGGGAAAAGAUCUGGCAACAGCGGCUUCCACAGCGACGGUUGUGUCUCUGACCCUAGCAGCGUCGUUUUCAUCGUUGGCGGCGAGUUCUUCGGUUUCGGUUGUUAGGAGCUACGCGAGUUCGACAGUAACUUCGGGUACCCCCAACUGCUCGCUCAGCGCCUGCAUCUACAUCUGCCUUUUCUCUACACAGCGGCGUCAGCACCAAUUCAACAGCAGGCUCCGAAUAGCAACGGCACCGACUCCGGGGCGGCACUACAACGGCGGCGCAUCAUUUGUAAGAAACAUCAAAAAAACAGAGAAAUUACAGCUGAUAAGAAAGAUCAACUGUAAAGCGCAGCUUCCUCCCCCUGACCUUCUGUCUCUUGGCCAUUCAGAAUUGUAAUAGAUGCAUUUUAUUUGAUCAUUUGGUUAACACAUAGAUUUGGUUAAUCCCAGGUAGACAUCUCUGUCGUUAAGUUGAGCUGGAACUCGAAGAAUGAUCUGUUCUUUGACUUCUAUACGUAGCGUGAAUCUGGCUACUCGAAUAAUUGGUAUAGAUUUGGUAUGUGACCUCGUAAUCGAACGCAUUAUAGAAUUAUCCUUUCACGCAUCGACUCUGUAUUUGAGAUAUUAAACUAUCUGUUCUAGGACAAUUUUCAAUCGAUUGCCUAUUCAAGUUGGGUCUUCACUUUGCCUCAGGAUGAUGAGCAGGGCGGCAGCGCGUAUAGGAUUCGCACAGUGGGCACAGUUUCUCAAUCGUUUAUAGUAGAAAUUUCCUUCGCCGUCUAUUAGUGGCACUUUUGUUUCUGUCUACUCCACGAUUCACGGCCAUUUUUUGCGCCCAUCUUCAGCAGCAACCAGCAGACUAACUGCCAUUAUGAAAUUAUUAUAUAAUUAGUACAUCAUAAAUGCACCUGAUUAUCAGUAGGUGUUCGCUGCCUGAAUGAAAUCUACUGGUUUGCAGUAUUUGAUAUUAAGAAGAAAGAAGAAUAGCGCUUAUUAUCGAUUUGUAAUUUUGUUUAUGCUGUGGCAUAGAACAUGUCUAGAUCCGUGAAAUUUUAGGCUUAUAUCUCAUUUCUGCUGGCAAGACAGAUACAGUUUUUGUGUGAAUCUGUCUAGAAACGGUGAAUCACUUGUUGGGUGGCUACCUACAUAGCUAGCAUAGUUAGGCUAGACGCAGAUCAGCCGUAGCCGGUUUUUGACGGAUUUUUCACCCAACCAUAACAGACGUCGUUGUUCGAGUCUUGUCCAUAGAGUUGGUUUGUUAUUA